AUGGCCUGUGAUACACGUCAUUGUUUGACAAUAUUGUGUGGUCCACUUGUUCCAUCGAUUUGUUUUGAGAAUAUCCUCAUUUCGUGGGUGACCAACAAAAUGAAUGAAUGAUAGGCUAGUGGGCUAUUCUUGCUGUUAUUUGAUUAUCUCCAUAAACGCUCAUGGAACAUUCCCAUGGCCUUUAAGGUUCUUCCAGAUUGCUUUCCUCUCAUCUUCCUUUUGGAUCUUCGUGCCCGUCAAAAGUACGACCGUCGAGGAUAGUAAUGCGGGAAAACAAGACGUUGUGAGGUUAUUUUGGUCAAUUGCGCGCUUGAAACACAUUCUGAGAAUGUCAAAGCAGGGAUUACACAGCAAGCUAGAAGAAGCUAGGGGUUUCCGAAGGAGUAAAGCUAUUUUUGGACAUUAUUGUUGUUAUCCGUUAGUUGGGUGGUUUAUCACAUUCAUGACUAAGGACAUGGCUUGUCACGUUAUUCCCCUUGUUCUUAUCCACACCCCAAGAUGUACGCACACCACCUAAGACGAACUCCUUGUUCGCUCUGACAACAUCAGUGGGUGGUUUUUGCCUGCGACAUACCAAGAACGGAGUCCAAAUAUUGAUCCAAACAUUAGUUGAGCUCAGUAGAAAGCGACUCACUUGUCCAUUCGGACUAAUCUUUAGUCCUUUGUACCUACAGUAGCCGAACGGUUCUACGGUUCCGUCUAGUCAUUGAUCUAUACCUCAGUACUGAGGAGCUGAGGAAGGCUUGCGCAUUUCUGGAUAUUAAAAGCGUUAUCUCAAGCUCGAAGUAGAGCCCACGUCAAUGGCAAGGCUAUUACGUAUCCAUGGUAGUACACGGGAAGAGAACUCAACAAAGUCCACAGUUACUUCAUUUAGUCUGUGUCGCAUACAGGGGAAGCACGCUUUGAUCUUAAUUGCACAAGAAGUACUCCAACUGUACGACUAUGUAUUCAAUGCAGAUGAUGCACCUGGCUCCGACCUGCGCUUCGCCACAACUUCAGACUUCGUCUAAUUUCGACUUCGACCUCGACCUUCUUCCCGCCGACGGCGAAGUCCCGGACUUGGGACUUCUCCCCGAGUUUGCCAACCUGGGUAAUACAUCGGGCAGCCUCAGUCUAGAGGAGUACCAACAGAACUGCGGUAGCUUUCAACACCUGGACUACCAAGUUCCCUCACCGACUCAUACUCUCUCACCACUGGAGACUCUGGUUCACUCUCCAACUAUGUUCUCACCUUACGAUAAUACCCAAAAGUCACCCGGAGCCAAGCCCACCACCAAGCCCCAUCCUCAUGGGGAUCCAGGGCAACGAUGUGUGCAGAUGCCCUCGCCCAUGUCUCUCCCGCCCGCUAGUCCCUACUCGCCGGCCACUCGGCCCAAUCGUUUGUCCUCCACCGACUCGUGUAUGACUUCCUCGUCCACGGCCUCAAUCAUGCAGGACUCCUUGGUCGAGUUCCAGGAGCUCAGGAACAAAAUCAAACAAGAGCGACAGGACGGAUACCCUCAUCCUCCCCCACCCCCGUACAACAUCGCUACCCGAGGCACGCUCAACAUCAAGAUUGAACCAUGCGAUCAGGUAGGCGGGGUCGCCACUGCGUCUGUUCCACAAGUUCCUCAGGGGCAUGUGGAUCACGGUCGCAUGAUUGAAGGUUCUUCGACAUUUGCUUCCCCGCAACGAUUCAACUUUAAGCCAAUGGAGAGUGGGAUGUUCGGAACUUCACGGUCGGAUGUGAGCUCUUAUUGCAUGAACACCAAUGUGGAUGGGCAUAAGCCUUUGAUUUCGAUGGCGGGUCAAUCCGGCUGCAUGUCCGUCUCCUCCAGUCAGGCUGAUUCGGAGGAUGUGAGAAGUAAGAUAGAGCCCGUUCUCUCGUUGGCCAUGGCUGAAGUGAAGGACGACAUUGAAAACAAAUGCCGUUGUCUGGGCAUCUCUCAUGAUCCCAAUGAAUGGAGCCCUCUUGAGGUGAGGAAAUGGCUAAUGCACACUGUUCACCAAAACAACAUCCAUAUUAAUCAUGACGCAGAGGCUAAUAAGGCUCUUGAAUAUUGGGCUAACAUGGAAGGGAAACAUUUCUCCCAGAUCGGCGAAGAAGAGUUCAAGGAAAGAUUACCCCAGGGUCAUUUGGUGUACGAUCAAUUGGACCUCUGGAAAAGUAACGCACAUUUCUUGGGCCAACAAGGUUCGGUUGUAUCGACCGCUUGCUCAUCGGCCACCACUUCAGCUAGUGGUUCUCUUUUGAAUUCUUCGGAAAUCAAGAAAGAGGACGACUCGCUGGACUUCUCUUAUGUGCUCCAAAUGUUGGAGAACAAAGACGAAUCAUCAUCAACCAUGGGAUAUUCUCAAGCUUCUUGUCCUGUUACCCACCCUCUGUCUCCACCUCCUCCCUACCCUUCUACCUCUUCUUUCGACUCUCCCCAAGCCUCAGCUUCCUCCGGAUGCGGAAUCUCAACUCAAGAACCACGCAGCAACGAAACCUCGACCGAUUACGGCUCCGAGCACUACGACGAUGACGACAAUGAAGAUGAUACUGAGAUGGAAGCCAUUGGUUCUGGAUCUGGUUCCACGUCAACUGGAUCACCGGUCACCACGAACCCAAGUGUCUCUGGAUCUGGUCGCGUCGCCACCAAUAUACAUCUUUGGCAAUUUGUCAAGGAGCUGCUCAACCAGCCUCAGCUCUACUCCGGCUGCAUUCAUUGGAUCGAUCGGGAGAAGGGCAUCUUCAAGAUCGUGGACUCGACUCGGGUGGCCAAAUUGUGGGGCAAACGCAAGAAUCGUCCGGCCAUGAACUACGACAAGUUGUCGCGGUCCCUGCGACAGUAUUACAAGAAAGGCAUCAUGAAGAAGACCGAACGCACCCAACGCUUGGUGUACCAGUUCUGCACCCCUUACCAUUUGUAAUGCCCCAAGCCAUUCUCGAACCACCCCGCCCAUCCAUGCACAAAUCCAGAUCCGUCCCACAAACUCACACAUAAUUGUCGCUCAGUAUUGUCGUUGCUGUAACUGUUCGAGGUAAUUCGAAUCGUGCCAAAUCUCCACUCAAAUCUCCUUCUCUUUACCACUAGAUUGCUACUGCUUUCCCCCUCGCUCCCUCCCUCCAUCUCCUUGCCUUUCUUGUCUCCAAGAGUUCUUGGAACGCCUCUAUCUCUAUAUCUCUCUAUAUCUCUCUCUCUCUUCCUCCCUUCUAUCAAUCUCUCUUUUAUACUCUCUAUUGAGACAUGUGCUUUCGGAAUUUGGUCAUUCUGAUCUCUCCACUUAAAGAGUUGGCUUCAAGUUCUUGGUCUGCAAUUUAAAGGAGCCCGGGCUUUGAUAUUCAAAUCCUUUGAUUGGCUCUGCAGCACCAGUGAGGUUGACUUGGAUCGAGAUCUGAUCAAAGACUGGAAUUUUUUUUGUUCCCAUAUAUCCACGAUAUAUUCAAACGUAUGUUCUGUGAACAGACCCCAUAUUAUGAAAUGACUACAGUAAGGUAUAUUAAUUCAUAUGAUUACAUUGAUUAUGUUCUAGCCUUAGAUGUAUUUGCUUUCCCGACUUUAUCCCGUUACAUCUCGUCAUGAUCGUCAUUGAACUGAUUGUAUUAGAUUGAACAAGUGUAACGAUCGAUUAUCGCCUCUCCAUGUCCAUUUUUUCGUACUACUUUUUAAGGUUGUAGAUUUAAGACAGGAUUACGCUCCUCCCAAUUACACGUGUGAUGCUUCAUAAAUAUUAGUUUUUUCGAGAUAACCCCGAUCCUCCCCUCCCCCAUUACUCUCUAAAAGAAGACCCUUGGAAACACUUCAGGUUCAAUGUUUCAUCCGGAUAAUGUUGAGUGAGCUCGACUCAGUUCAUUCGAAUGCUUGACAGACACAUUUACUUAUUUGAUCGUCAACUGCACUGUUUUACACGUUUUUUGAACCCUAUUUGUGAGUAUCUUCUUGAAGAAUGUACCAUUACCAUUGUCUCGUACCAUUUGUAAUCAUAUCUUUCUGACAUGCAUUUCAAUAUUUCGAUGUAUUUUUGCAAAACAUCUUCUAUUACGUAAACUUAAGAGAUCAAUAAACAUAUCUUUGCGCAAAGAA